AUGCAACCUUUCCUUUUCAGAGCCUCUUCUUCUCUCACUCGACCAUCCUGCGGCGGUUUCACAUCAACAAUUGCGGUCUCUUAUUCUUAUAGGGCAUUGUCUGACAGGGCAGACGAGUGCUUGCUGAAGAAUAAGUUUGGAGAGUUCUAUAAACGGUUUUACUCGGCUGUCUCUGGGGAUGCGGGGCCGACGAAGAAGGGCGCUGGCGGUGGUGACGGAAAUGGGGCAAUAGGGUCCGGUGAAGUCAGAGAGACACGACGCGGGGGCGAAAGGACAACCUUCACUGUUACGACCUUCACUGUUACAACCUUCACAGUUAAAGCCUUCACCGUUACAACCUCCGCCGAUACAACCUCCGCCGAUACAACCUCUGCCGAUACAACCUUCACCGAUACAACUAUCACCGCUUCCCCAAAACAGAAACAAAUCUGGAGAAUCUGA